UCGCCGCGCGCGGCAGCAUGGCGGCGCCCGGCGUGGCGCCGGUUCGAGCCCGGUUCCUCACCUCCAAGGAGCAGUUCCACGCCUACCUGCGGGCAGGGGGCGAGGAGGAGGAGCAGGAAAAGGAGGAGAAGGAGGAAGAGGAGCAGGCCAGCAAUGCCCAGGGUGAGCCCCCGGCCAAGAGGGUGAAGGCAGAGGAGCUCGGGCAGGAUGGGGAAAGCCGAGGGAAUGCUGGAGAGGAGGAGAAGGAGCGCCCGGAGAAGAAGAGAGCCCGAGGGCAGAACAAGAGCCGCCCCUGCAUGAAACCCAGCUGCUACGAGCAGAGCAGGCUGUGCCCCUCGGUGACACAGGGCUGUGGCGGGCAGUGCCGCUUCGGGCCGCGCUGCCGCUUCCUGCACGACGUGUCCGAGUACCUGGCGGCCAAACCGGCCGACCUGGGCCAGCGCUGCGUCCUCUUCGACACCUUCGGCCGCUGUCCCUACGGCCUCACCUGCCGCUUUGGCCAGUCCCACCUCGGGGAUGGCCACCAGAACCUGGUGAACGCCGCCCUGGCCCAGCAGUGGGAAGGGAAGCUGCUGGUGAGGAACAGCCUGUCCAAGGAGCUCCAGCAGCAGCUGCGCAAGAGGAAGUUCGGCUUCCACAAGGCUGAGGAGUUUCUGCGUGGGCUCCGUGCUGGGAAGGGAGGCAAAGCCAAGGGGGGCUCCGCAGAGGGGGGCUCCAACUGCACUGCACCCCAGGAGGGCCUGGGAGAGCUGCAGGAGCAGGGAGAAGAUCCCAAAUCUGAGGCCCUGCCCAAUUCCCAAGGGGCUGAGGGUGAUCCCAAACCUGAGAUCCUGCCAAAUUCCCAAGGGGCUGAGGGUGAUCCCAAACCUGAGAUCCUGCAGAGCUCCAGGGGGGCUGAGGAUGAUCCCAAACCUGAAGCCCUGCAGAGUUCCCAAAGGGCUGAGGGUGAUCCCAAACCUGAGACCCUGCCAAAUUCCCAAGGGGCUGAGGGUGAUCCCAAACCUGAGACCCUGCCAAAUUCCCAAGGGGCUGAGAGUGAUCCCAAACCUGAGGCCUUGCAGAGUUCCCAAAGGGCUGAGGGUGCUCCCUCCAUCCCAACCCUGGGCCCACUGACAGAUGAAGACAUCACGAAGCUGCGGCCGUGUGAGAAGAAGAAGCUGGAGAUCCAAGGCAAGCUCUACCUGGCUCCUCUGACCACGUGUGGGAACCUCCCUUUCCGACGGAUCUGCAAACGUUUUGGGGCAGAUGUCACCUGUGGGGAGAUGGCUGUGUGCACCAACCUGCUGCAGGGCCAGUCCUCUGAGUGGGCUCUGCUCAAGCGCCACCACACCGAGGACAUCUUCGGGGUGCAGCUGGAGGGAGCCUUUCCAGACACCAUGACCAAGUGUGCAGAGCUCCUCAACAGGACGAUCAACGUGGACUUUGUUGACAUCAACGUCGGGUGUCCCAUUGACCUGGUCUACAAGAAGGGAGGAGGCUGUGCUCUGAUGACUCGCUCCAACAAGUUCGAGCAGAUCGUCCGCGGGAUGAACUCGGUGCUGGAUGUCCCACUGACAGUGAAGAUUCGCACUGGGGUGCAGGAGAAGGUGAACGUGGCUCACAAAAUCAUCCCCAGGAUCCGGGAGUGGGGAGCGUCCAUGGUCACGCUGCACGGGAGGUCCCGGGAGCAGAGGUACACACGGAGUGCAGACUGGGAUUACAUCGCCGAGUGCGCGCGCCUCGCCCGCCCCAUGCCGCUCUUCGGAAAUGGGGAUAUUUUGUCCUAUGAAGAUGCAAAUCGAGCCAUGCAGAUGGGAGUUUCUGGAAUCAUGAUUGCAAGAGGGGCACUCAUCAAACCCUGGCUUUUCACGGAAAUCAAGGAGCAGAGGCACUGGGAUAUCUCCUCCAGAGAGAGAUUUGACAUCCUCAAGGACUUCACCAACUAUGGCCUGGAGCACUGGGGCUCAGACACUCAGGGAGUGGAGAAAACCAGGAAAUUCCUGCUGGAAUGGCUCUCCUUCCUGUGCAGGUACAUUCCAGUUGGAUUGUUGGAACAUCUACCUCAGAGAAUCAACGAGAGGCCACCCUAUUACCUGGGCAGGGACUACCUGGAGACCCUCAUGGCCAGCCAGAACGUGGAUGAUUGGAUCAGAAUAAGUGAGCUGCUCCUGGGCCCUGUCCCGCCCAGCUUCACCUUCCUGCCAAAGCACAAGGCCAAUUCCUACAGGUAGGGCUGGCCAGGCCCUGUCCUGCUCCUGGAGGGGUUUGGAUGGGCUGGGAGCAGGAGCAGGGCUGCUCUGGCAGCUGCAAUAAAAAUGAUGCUUUUAGAA